AUGGGGUAUUGCAACCUAAAAGGUUUGUUUCAUUUCUCUCUGCCAUCUGUUUUAUGCUCAGGUGACUGCCAGCUGCAAACACUUUGUCAAAUCCAGAAGUGCACCGCCAAUUUUGUAUCCUUAACUUCACAUCUAAACUUGGCUCUUCAGGGCUUUGAUUUGGAGUUCUGCAAGGCCCUGUGAGUGUACUCUGCCUGAACCUAUCGCGAUUCCAAAGUUUGCCAUGGAAGCCUAGUCUACCAUUGCAGUGACCUCAUGAGCCAGAGGAACUGUUCCAAAGGUGGACCCACAUCCUCCACCAACCCGCAAGUGACUGAUGAUCCCUGCAAUUACAGUGGUCACACAGAAACCAGAGAUCAGGGAAUGGAGAAGGAUCAUCCUCCUACUUACCGAUUUUGUGGUUGGUUUGGUAAUCGUCAUCUGAGGACUUCUAAGGAUCGCUUCCAGACAUGCAGAGUGAAAGGUGCUUGGCCCCUCAUAGACAAUAACUACUUAUCAGUGCAAAUGACCAACGUUCCAGGAUCCAGCACUACUGCUACAAUUAAGAUAAAGAUUGUUCUUAAGCACUGUGCAUGCAUAGAGAAGUAA